CGGCGGCAUUCAGGUUCUGCGUCAUCAUUGAUGGUGACUGUAGCUUGAGGUUGAAUGACAAAUAUUGGUUGUACACCAGAGUCCAGGGCAAUAUUGGAGAAGAAGAACUCAUUUGGGUCGUUUUCACACAUCAUAUCAUCGUUGAUGAUGAUUCUGUGUGUCUUAGAUGUUUCCCCAACAUUGAACUGCACAAUCUCACCGAUUACAGCAUUAUAGUCAUUAUCUGGAGCACCUGCAA